AUGAAUGCUGUUCGACGAAUUUUGUUUUGGAAUUUUAUGAUGAUAUCGAAAAAGGGAAAUCGUGCCAUUUCAAAGAAAGAACCGAAGCCUCCAUCUACAAGCGGCCUGAAACUUUGUGACAGGAGAGGUGGCAGAGGAUCCGCCAAUAAUGACGUACGCCUCUAUGCAGAAUAUUCUGACCCCAGUUACUUUCAAGACACGACUAAUAACGCUGAUGAUGUGAUUUCCGAGGACGAGGCAGAGGUUCCAGCUGGAUCUACAUCUUCACGUGGUUCUACCUUUUCAAAAAGGAGAUCGGAAGCUAUGAGCGAGGAGUCGGAAAAGUCGGAAAAUAGCUCCCUCUCGUAUAAAAAAGUGCAGAAUAAACCCGAACAGUCGCAUGGUCGUCGUCCAAAGCGUAAAAUAAAUACGAGAUCACAAAAACGAUUUUCGCCGUCACCGUCUCCUGUCCGUCCAAGAAAAUCGAUGAUUCUGCAACCGCUUCUAAAAAAUUCUCCUGUUUCGACACAAAUUGAAGUUUGUGAUUCAAAGAUGUCCAGUGACGACGAGGAUGAAUACACACGCAAUAUGGAUGGUGGCGAGCAGUAUGAUUCUACAGUUUCCACUGAUAGCGAAACCAGAGAUCCUGUUGAGAUUGACUCGGAUUCGGAAUGA